AUCGGCUGCUUCGGCCUGUCUCCUCCCCGCCGCGCGCGCUUUGAGUGCUGGGCCCGGCCCUGGGCUCCCGCGCGGGAAGGGGUGGCUCUCUGUGCCGCGUCUUCCGCGAUUUGCGCCCCGGCUCCGACGGUGCCCACUCUAGCGCCUUCUCUACUGAGCUGACUUUUCCCUUAGGGCCUGUGGCCCAGUUCCUGCCGCAGCAUGGCGUCUGAGGCGCCGUGGUGGAAGCCUCGCGCGGCCCCGGGAAGACCCCACCGGUGACUGGAGCCCCGCCACCAUGAACGGGGUCCUGAUCCCGCACACGCCCAUUGCUGUGGACUUCUGGAGCCUGCGCCGGGCUGGUAGCGCGCGGCUCUUCUUUUUAUCCCACAUGCACUCGGACCACACGGUCGGCCUGUCCAGCACCUGGGCCCGGCCCCUCUACUGCUCCCCAAUCACUGCCCACCUCUUGCAUCGUCAGCGACAGGUGUCCAAGAAGUGGAUCCGAGCCCUAGAGGUCGGUGAGAGCCACGUGCUGCCGCUCGAUGAAAUUGGACGAGAGACCAUGACUGUAACCCUCUUGGAUGCCCAUCACUGCCCUGGUUCUGUCAUGUUUCUCUUCGAAGGAUACUUUGGAACCAUCCUCUACACAGGUGAUUUUCGAUAUACACCAUCUAUGCUAAGGGAGCCUCCUCUGUCAUCGGGCAAACAGAUCCAUACUUUAUACCUAGACAACACCAACUGCAACCCAGCCCUGGUUCUUCCCACCCGACAAGAAGCUGCCCACCAGAUUGUCCAGCUCAUUCGAGAGCACCCUCAACAUAACAUAAAGAUCGGACUCUAUAGCUUGGGAAAGGAGUCACUGCUGGAGCACCUGGCCCUGGAGUGUCAGUCCUGGGUGGUGUUGAGUCCUCAGCGUCUGGAGGUGGUACAGCUGCUGGGCCUGGCAGAUGUGUUCACAGUGGAGGAGGAGGCAGGCCGCAUCCAUGCCGUGGACAACAUAGAGAUCUGCCAUUCUGCCAUGCUGCGUUGGAACCAGACCCACCCUACCAUUGCCAUCCUUCCCACCAGCCGGAAAAUCCAUACCUCCCACCCCAAUAUCCACAUCAUCCCUUACUCUGACCACUCCUCCUACUCUGAACUUCGUACCUUUGUUUCAGCACUGAAGCCAUGCCAGGUGGUACCCAUUGUCCGUCGACAGCCCUGUGGAGACUACUUUUGGGACAGCCUGGGCCCCAGGAUCUCUGUGCCUCUGAUUCCAGAUUCUGUGCAGCAAUACAUGAGUUCCUUCUCUAAAAAACCAAGUUUUCUCUUGCUGUUGGAAAGGAGGCUUAAGAGGGCCAGAGCCCAAGGUGUUGUGUUUGAAUCCCCUGAGAAAGAUGUUGAUCAAUCUCAAGCUAACAAAGACUCAAAGAAGGCCAAGAAAGAAAACUCUCCCUGGCCUGGGAAGCUUGAAAAGCAGCUUUCCCACUGUCCUUUGCAAGUCAAGAAGCAGUUGCUCUCAGAUCUCUGCAGCAAAGAAUGGGAUGGGACAGCCCCCUUCUGUGAGUCCCAGAAAAUGGUAACAAAGGUGACUGCCCCUUUGGGAUGUUCUAUGCACUUAAAAUCUUCAGAUGAGGAGUUCAUCUCUCCAGAAACAAAGGAGGAAAUUAGUUUAAGGCCCCCAUUGGUACCCAGAGGAGACAGUGACCCAGCAGCCACAAGGAACCCAAGCACUUGGGUGAGCCAUGAUUCUCCCCUGGGUCAUAGCAAGGCCACCCCUCUUCUAGCUGCUAAGUUCAGGGGCCUGGCACUGAAAUAUCUUCUGACUCCAGUGAACUUUUUCCAGGCAGAGUUCUCUUCCAGGAGCUUUGACCAGCAAGUGGAAAAAUACCACAAGCCCUCGCAGGAGCACACACAGGAGAGUACAGAAUAACAGUGUUGUUCAACCCUACGCUACAGUUUCAGACAGUGGAGUUUGGGGCUUGUCUGUACUGGAUCCUCACAGGCUCGCCCUGGACCAGCACUUCUCCAAGCUUGUUUAUUGGAGUCCUGGUACCUAUGGAAUCCUUAGUUGUAACCUUGACUGUGUUUAAGAGGCUUUUCACUGAAAACUCUGGGGCAUGUGCAUCAGCAUGUUAAAGGUUCUUAGAGGUCCUACAGUAACUUGAUCUGUUUAACCUAGCAUUCCUCAAGCUUUGGUGUACAUGCAGUCCUCUCCUGUGGGUGCCGAAAGAGAUGAGUCUGAAUCAAAAAAGAGUAGGUUAUUCCCGUAGUUCCUUUGUGUGCUCUGUGUCACAUAAUGUGCCCCCCCACCCUCCUUCACAGAAACCCCUGGGUAGUUCUAUUUUUUAAUCAUAAACUAUGGUGCUGGAGGAUCAUCAUUAAUCAUGAACUGUGGUGCUACAGGAUAAAGUGGUGGCCCAAGCAGCAUGUUCCAGUCCUGAAUGUCCCUGACUUGCUGUGACCCCGUCCAAGUAACUUCCUGUCUCUGCCUCUGGGAAAGAACAGGAAGCAAUGAAGAGGACUUGGAACCAUGGCGAAAAAUUCCACCUCCUGCCUCCUGCAUCAGAGUGCGCAAUUAGUGUUGCUGGGGACCCAUCUGGAACAGAGCCAGCGAGGGGGUUGGGCACCCGUCCCGGCAGCAGUACCUGGAACCAGGCUGAGCAUUAAGGCCUAGGGUGUGACAGGACUCCCAGCUAUGUGGAGGCUCUGAUUAUUUGGCUGAAAUAAAGUUACAAAAGAUCAGAUGUGCUGCCAGAUAUUCCUCUGAUUGUUCACAUAGCUGGCAUAUUUGUUGCUCCCCCCCUACCCCCUUGGUUUGAAUAAGGAGCCAGAGCACACAGCCUGUUUGUUUUAGUAUCCAGGGAAGAGACCACGGAGCCAGCUGGCUGGAAGGGGUGGGGGGUGUGCAGUUCUGCCCUGUCCUUCUGUUCAUAACACAAAAUGCCAAGCCAAUAAGCAGGACAGCCAACACCACAGCUAUGAGGGAACAGGCUCUAAGGAAGGGCACAGAUAAUGUGGAGCUGGGCAGGUGGAUAAAACUGCUUCAGAAUGAAACCUGGGGCCUUAGGAAGGCAGAAGGCUCGGUUUCCUAGCCAGGGGAAACAAGAUUCUAAUUUUGGAGGUUGUAAUGAAGAGUUUAGAAAGCAAAAUAAGGGCUUGUGUUCGGCCAAACUGUAUAUAGCUGUUUUGUCCAUGACCUUCACUGUCAGCCUCCCAAGGGCCUACUAGGAGCUGUGGCAGGCGAGGCAUGCCAUGCAGCAGGAAACCUGGGUAUUGGCUGGGCUUGAAUUCAGGGCAGCCUCGGCAAAUUGCUUUGUGGAGCCUCAGGUCCACAGUCCCUGAGUCCACAGGGACUGAGAUACCUACCUCUCAUCACCACUACGGAGAUUAAACAAGUGAUAAAAUUCUAAUUCAGUGUGUGCUACAGGACAGGGUUUUCAAAUGUUUCUCAGCCUCUGAUUUUUCAAAAAAUUAUUCUAUAUAUAAAAUAAAGUUUGGAAAUCAUAAAAAUGUAAAGAAGAAAAAAGUCAAGUUUAAUUCCUCUAUGUAGAUCAAUUGAUAUGCUUUAUUCCAAUCUUUUUCUGUGAUGUAAAUGUGUUAAAUAUAUAUAUUUUUUCAAAAUCUGGGUGACAAUAAUUUUAUAGCCUGUAUUUUCCUUUCUUAAUAUCUUAAGCGUUUUGCCAUGUCAUUAAAUUUUUUAAAAUAGGGGCCGGCGCUGUGGCACAGCAGGUUAACGCCCUGGCCUGAAGUGCCAGUACCCUAUAUGGUUGCUGGUUUGAGACCAGGCGGCUCCACUUCCGAUCCAGCUCUCUGCUAUGGCCUGGGAAAGCAGUAGAAGAUGGCCCAAGUCCUUGGGCCCCUGCACCCAUGUAGGAGACCCGGAAGAAGCUCCUGGCUUCGGAUCAGCACAGCUCUGGCCUUUGCAGGCAAUUGGGGAGUGAACCAGUGGAUGGAAGACCUCUCUCUCUGCCUCUCCUCUCUCUGCGUAACUCUGACUUUCAAAUAAAUAAAUAAAUCUUUAAAAAAAUAAGUUUUUAAAAUGUCAUUAAAAAUUUCUUUUUAAAAAAAUUUAUUUGAAAGUCAGACUAAGGUAGACAAGGCGCUCCCAUCAGAUGCCCGCAACAGCUAGGACUGGACCAGACUAAAGCCAGGAGCAGAACUCAGUCCAGGUUUCCCAUGUGGAUUGCCGGGACCCAAGUACUUGAGCAAUCACCUGAUGCCUCCUACAGUGCUCACUAGCAUAAAGCUGGAUUUGGAAUCAGGGCCAGGACUUGAACCCAGCUGCAUUUUAACUGCUACACUAAAUGCCUGUCCCCAGAAUUUUAUUUUUUAAAAAGGAUUUAUUUAUUUUGAGAGAGAGAAAGAGAUCUUCCAUCCACUGGCUCAUUCCCCAGUUGACCGUAAUGGUCAGCACUGGGCCAGGCUGAAGCUAGGAGCUUCAUCCAGGUCUCCUAUGUGGGUGGCAGGGGCCCAAACACUUGGGCCAUCUUCUGCUGCUUUCCCCAGGCCAUUGGUAGGGAGCUGGAUUGGAAGCAUAGCAGCUACAAUGUAGACUAGUGCUGAUAUGGGACCUACUAUGCCAAGUGCUGGCCCCCCAAGGUGUCAUUUUUUAUAGCUAUAUACUACCCUGUUGUGUGAGUAUAGUUAAACCAUUUCCAUACUAUUCAUUUUGUGCCCUUUUUUUAAUUGUACUUAUCACAGUGCACAUGGCUUAUGCAUAUAUCUUGGCAUUUUUAUUUCUUUAGAGAAGGUUACUGGAAAUGGGAUUUAAGUUCUUGAUAUAAAUUGUGCCAAACUGCCUUCCAGAAAGAUUUCCUUACCAUCUUUUCUGCAGAAGUGCCAUUAAGAUACCCUGAAGACAUUAAAUUCAAAUGUCACUAGAAUAGUACAUGCUAACAUGUGUGAAAUCAAUAAAUAUUUACUGAACCGUGUGGGCAAGGCUUAGCC